AUGUGGUUAGGUGAUAUACCUACCGAAUUACAAGGGUUGACGAUUCCAGAAGAAAAAUUAAUAUCACUCUAUCGUCACAAUAGCUGUAUAAUAAAACUUCAAUCACCUUUUCAUUCAACUACAACUGCUCAAACAGCGUUGAAAGGACAUUGUAUUACCUUCCUUCAAAAUGUACCAAAUAUUGUCAAUAGUUUGCCACUUACACUUGCUGAUCUUUGUGAUACACUUAAAGUAAUUUUUAUUGGAGCUCGGCCACCUGAUCGUCUUCAUCUUAAAAAGGUUUUAACAGUACGGAAGAAGAAAAUUGUUCAGGCAUUACAAUGGCUAAAAAAAUAUAAUAUACUUUAUCAAAACAUCAACAUAAGUCUUGAAAAUAUUGCUCAAUUACCAGAAGAUGAUGUACCCGAAUGCAUCAUGUCAACUUUAGAACAAAAGAUAGGUGAUGAAGAAGGUCAAUCUGAAAGAACUGGAUAUGUUCCUGAUCCAUUAAUGAAUCCAAAAGAAUGCACUACUGCAGAUGUCAUACCUAUCAGUAACAGUGGUGUUCUUGAUGUUAAUGGCUCAUCAGUAUCAUCAGAUGAGAUUGUUAAUUACUUUUUACACAAAAUAAAAACAAAUGACCAAGCAGUUACUGAAAACGUUUACUUAAUUCCACAUUCAUCAAAACCUGUCAAUGAAUAUUUCAAUCCAAAAUUAUUAACUGGUUUAUAUCCAACUUUAUUCUGUUAUGGACGAGGAGCACCUGAAGAUCAAUCACGUCCAAUUGAAAUCAAAUUUAAAGAACAUAUACGUUAUCUAUUAUCUUAUAAUGAUCGUCGCUUUGAAACAAAUCAUAGUUUCAUAUUUGUAGUUUUCAACUUAUUGCAACGACGUGAUGCUUGUUUUCAUGCUCAAUUAAUCGCAACAAAACCUUAUUUUCAAGCAUCAGCUAAUGAAAUUCAAUCAAUUAAUAGCAAAGAUAUUGAAAUGGCUCUGAACAACAAUUCCAAAAGAACAUACAAUACAGAAGCAAAUAGUGCAUUAAAUAAACUUCUACGACAUAUUAAAACUGUCGGUGGCCGAGUUAUGGGAUCAGCAUAUUCAAGAACAGCUUUACGUACUCGUAUACAUGCACUUAUUUUUAAUCAAGGUUUACCUAGUAUAUUUCCUACAUUAAAUCCAGCCGAUAUUCAUAGUCCUGUAGCAUUAUAUUUUGCUGGUGUUCAACUCAAUCUUGAUAAAAUUCAAAAUGAACAACUUAUGGACACUUAUAGAAGAGCUGAAAUCGUAGCAUCUCAUCCAGUUGCUACUGCCAAAUUUUUCCAUGUAUUGAUCAGCAAUAUCUUAGAUACUAUGAUAAUGGGUGGAGUUCUUGGACCAGUAAAGGGUUACUUCGGUACUGUUGAAAGUCAAGGUCGAGGUUCACUUCAUUUACAUCUUCUUAUUUGGCUUGAUCAUGAUAUGAAACCAGCUGAUAUGAAAGAAAAAAUUCAAGAUGCCACCUUUCGUAAUAAGUUGAAAGCAUAUUUAGAAGAUAUUAUCAAAGAAGAUUUAGAUGACUUCAAAGAUAAACAAGUGAUCGAAUCUUCUAAUGGUAUGAAAUAUGUUUAUCUUAUUCCACCAUUCAUCUUUUCUUUAUUUAUAAUAGGACCGGAGUCAUUGAACACUUCCACCCAAUUAUCACAAAACAAUAUUUACACCGCUUUACGUACUAUUGGUCUGACAGACUUCACGGAAAAUACACAUCAAUCGCCUACUUUGUCAACACCGACCAAACAACAUCUAUCUUCUCCAUCAAUUCCUUACAAGUCUCCGUCGAUUCCAUUUGGAUCACCAUCAAUUCCUUAUAGAUCUCCAGUAUCGAGUCCACUAGUACAAACACCAACACGUGAUGAAGCUGCAUUUGAUAUGAAUGUGUUAUCUAAUCAAUCAAACUUACCCCCAGCCUGCUUACCCACUCCAAAUCCAUCAUCGCCUAAUUUUAAAUCAAGAUUUCGUGCACAUGUAGUACAAGUUGUUGAAUCGGGCAAUACUCAUAGACACAGUGAUACAUGUUAUAAAUACUGCAAUGGUGCUUGUGGUGGCAAGAAGAUUUGUCGAUUGCGUAUGCCACGAAAACUGGUACCAGUAUCAACAAUCGAUCCAGAAACUGGUCAUAUUUCGAUGAAACGAUCAGAUCCAUGGAUCAAUAAUUUCAAUGAGUAUAUUAUCUCAGCUUGCCGAUCCAAUAUGGAUAUUAAAUUUAUUUGGACCGGAAAUGAUGCCAAAGCUUUAGUUUACUAUAUUACCGAUUAUGUCACAAAGAUGAGCCUAUCUUUUCAUGAUACAUUUUCUCUUGUCCAAAAAAGUAUUACAUCAUUACAAAAUCCAAACAAUCAAGUAGACAAGGAAAAUGUAAUUGAAAAAUCACGUAAACUCGUUUUACGUUGUUAUAAUGCACUUGCUUCACAACAAGAAUUAUCUGGUGUGCAAGUUGCUUCUUAUCUUAUGAAUUGGGAUGACCAUUACACAACACAUAAAUUUCAAGGUCUUUAUCUUAUUCAAACUGAACGAUUUUUACAAACUGAAUUGAAUGAAAUGCGUGCGAAACAAAAUCUCCAAUCAACAUCACAGGAUGUAAUUGAUGAUGAAGAUAUAUUUGAUGAGACAAUUAAUGAGGAAAACAGCGAUGAAGAACAUUUCCAAGUUCAACCGGCGGAAGAUAAAAACAAUUUUAUACUUGUUAAUACACGCGUUGAUUAUCAAUAUCGUUCAAACAACCUCAACAACACUUGUUUAUAUGAUUUUGUCAGUACAUUUUAUAAGAAAAAAAUUAAUGAAACCGAUAUAAAAUAUUUAUCAAAAUCCUCUACGACUGAAAAACGACAAGAUAAUCAAAAAGGUCGACCAUCUAAUGAACGAUUUUUUUUUCAAAAAGACCAUCCUCAAGCAACAACACAUCUACUCAUGAAAUACAGUGAAGCUCAUGUACCUGUUCUUUAUGGUCCUCAAAUUCCUCGACAAGAUCGCGAUGAUACUCGAGAACGAUACAAUCGUGCACUUCUCACACUUUUCGUACCAUGGCGCAAUGUAAUUGAUCUUUGUGACAUCAAUCAAACAUGGGAAGAUGCAUUUGAAUCUCGAAAACAUCGUAUUUCGGCUCAUUCAUGGAAGAUUAUAGAAAAUAUUCAACUUUUACAUGAAUGUAAAAAAGAUCGUGAUGAACAUUUACUUCAAGUUAUUGCUGAAGCACAGGUCGAUAAUGAUUCGAUUGAUCCUACAUUUUUACCAUCAAAUCAAGGUGCCGAUGGUGAAUACGAAGUAGAUGAUAUCGACGAUUUGAUUCAAUUAAUAGGCAGUGUAGAUGAAUCUACAGCUGCUGCAAUCAAUGUCACGAAAAAAUCAACAGAAAACGUAUAUAUUCGAGAAACGAUUGAAGCUGUGGAAAAAGUUGGACGGUUCAAUCAUAUGAAUCGUCAUGAUCAACAUGUUUCAAAUACAGACAUUGAUCGACAAAUUGUACCGUUUGUUUCCGCAACACCUAAUCUCAUUAAACUUAAUUCAAAAUGGCAAGAUCAAUUGAAGAAUGAAAAGGAACGAAUCAGGCGCAGUUUGAUUUCGGGAAAACAUAACAAUGAUGAUGAUAUACUGGAUUUUAAUGAUGUAACUGACGCCAUUGUAACGGUAGUCAAUCCAUAUGAUAAUCGAAAUAAUGUCGAAAAAAAUACAUCAAUUCCACCAGUACUUGUAGUUAAAAACAAUUUCUCAACUAAAAACAGCAUCAUUGAUGAAUUUACAUUAAACAAGGAACAAAGAGCUGCAUUCUUGAUAAUAACAAGUCAUCUCGAUGGUGACAAUCGAUGUCGUACAGGUGACAAUAAUGGUCAGCUCAUUAUGUGUAUACCUGGAUGUGGUGGAACGGGCAAAUCACAAUUGAUUCGUGCUCUUACAAAAUACUUUCUCAUCACAAAAAGAAUGCAAAUGAUGCGAAAACUUGCACCUACCGGAAUUGCAGCAGCUGAAAUUGAUGGCAUGACAAUUCAUUCAUUCUUAGGUGAACAACGUAAUUCAGGAAAGCCACGUACCAUUAAACCAGGUGAUUCCAAACUUGAAAAAGAAUGGCGACCUGUUGAAUAUCUCUUAAUUGAUGAGAUGAGUAUGGUUGGCUUAACUUUAUUAGGAAAACUCAAUAGAAUUAUUUGUUCUGCAAAACAUGUCGAUCCUCAAGUUCCAUUUGGUGGUGUGAAUGUAAUCUUCUUUGGUGACUACUUACAAUAUCGGCCAGUCUAUGAUUCACCAUUACAUACUGAUUUUUCAUUACCAUCAAAAAAGAGACAAGGAAAACUACCAUCUGAAAAAGAAAUUCAACAACGUGUUGCACGUUCUUUAAUUCUUCAAAUGAAUUGUGUGGUGAAACUUACACAACAGAUGCGAACAGAAGAUUUACGAUAUCUUCAACUACUCGAUCGACUUCGUCAUGGACAAUGCAAUUAUGACGAUUAUGAAUUAUUACAAACACGAGUUGUUGGACAACCAUCAAUAGAAUCUCUACAUGAUUCACCAUGGAACAAAGCUCCUAUUCUCGUGUUUCGAAAUGAAGUUCGCACACAAAUAAAUAACAAGGCAGCAAUUCACAAUGCAACACAAAUGGGUCAUCCACCGAUGGUAUGUGUUGCUCAAGAUACUUGCAAAGGCAAAGCAAUCGAAGAUGCAAUAUUGCUUAAAAAAUUAUUAGAACUGUCUGAUAGCAAGACAGAGCAUUUACCUGGUCUAUUACCUUUUGUACCAGGCAUGCCGGUCAUUUUAACACAAAAUAUUGCUACUGAAUUAGGUCUUAUAAAUGGUAUUAAUGGAAUCUUUCGACAACUAGUGUAUCACGAAGAAUCGGUAUCAGCAGAAAAUUUAUCGGAAAUGUUCCCAAAUAAUACACAAUACAUUCGUCGACCAAUAUAUGCUUUAAUUGAGAUUGUUAAAUCGAAGAUUGAAUGCAAACUUCAAGAUCUUCAACCAAAACUUAUACCAAUUCCGUUAGUAGAACAAACAUUUCGUGUCGACGUUGCUGAUAUUCUUCCAAAAGAUAAAAAACCAAAAUCAAAUCAAAAGACAAUUUUAUCAAUUAAACGAUCUGCAUUACCACUUGUACCUGCUUAUUGUAUUACAACACAUAAAAGCCAAGGUCAAACAUUGAACAAAGUGAUCAUUGAUUUAAAAUUACCAAAUGAAACUGAUGAUAUUGCAGCAGUAUAUGUACCAUUAUCUCGUGUGAAACGUUUGGUUGAUCUAGCUAUUCUAAGAUCAUUCGAUUACAAAGUUUUACUUAUGAAACCAAAUAAAUCUCAAGUUGCUGAGAUGGAACGACUUGAUCAACUGUAUAUCAACACACGAUUAGGUUUCCCGGAAUGGUUUCAAUAA